CAGAGUUAUCCUUUGUUCGAUGAUCCAAUUUUGGUAGUUGUCCUUCAUAUUACAACUCCUUUUCUUUUCCAUCCGGUGACCAAAAUUAUAGGGAGGGAGUUUUCUGUGGAAGAUAUUUUUUUCGUUUUUCGCGGUUGUGAGCCAAAGUUGGUUGAAUCGAAGCAUUGAAGGUGGUUUGAGAUUCUCUCUCGUUUUAGUUCCACUCAUUCGUAGCAGACUUAGCAGUCACUUUUCCCAUAUUUGUUUUUCUUGGACAAGGAUGAGUAUGCUCUCGGAGAAUAUGGGUGAAGCGGUCCUGCCUAGCGGUAAAAAGGGGAUGGAGGUGAGGUUGGAGAUAGAGGAGGAGAUGAACACGAUGAGCCAGCUGAAGGAUGAGAGCUCCACAGAAAUGGUUAACUGGGACAAGCUUCUUCCUCAGAUGGUGCUCAGAGUUCUGGUGGUGGAAGCUGAUGAUUCUACUCGUCAGAUUAUCGCAGCCCUUCUCCGCAAAUGUAGUUAUAGAGUUGCUGCGGUUUCUGAUGGAUUAAAGGCGUGGGAAACAUUGAAGAAGAAAGCUCCUGAUAUUGAUCUCAUAUUAACUGAAGUGGAGCUGCCGUCAAUAUCUGGAUUUGCACUUCUUACUUUAAUCAAGGAGCAUGAAAUCUGUAGAAAUAUUCCCGUCAUAAUGAUGUCUUCUCAUGAUUCUAUCAACAUGGCAAUGAAAUGCAUAUUAAAAGGUGCAGCUGACUUUCUUAUAAAACCUGUUCGGAGGAAUGUACUAUCAACCUUGUGGCAACAUGUGUGGAGAAGGCAUCCUAAAAAACUUGAAGCUGCUUCAGAAAACAAUGCUGCCAGCAAUCAUUCAACUGGUUCUGUGGCUUCCACUCAGAAAAAUAAUGAAUGCUGCGAGAAAAGGAGUGAGGCCCAAAGCACUUGUAUAUCGCCUAUAUUGGAAGCUGAGAGUGCAUACAUGCAAAAUAUGCAGGAUAUGUCCCAGCCCAAGAGCUCUUCAAAUUUGACCAACGUUGACACGGUGAAGCAUGACGAGUCUGCAAAACUUGAAAGUAACUCUGCUAAACAUAAUAAUGCAAUUACGAAGAGGUCGAUUAUUUAUUCAUCAGAGGCUGCUAGGUGCAACAGCAUUAUUAACUUGACCAAUUCAAGGCUGGAGCAAGACAAUUGUGCUGAAAGAGAUAAUCGGGGUGAAUCUUUAAGAGCAGAGUUUAAUAGAGACAAUCCUACUGUUGAUACUGAGACUCAUGGCUGCAAAAAUGAAUUGGUUGAACCUUCUAGAGGAGCUAUUGACUUGAUUGCUACAUUUGAGAAUACUCCAAAGAAUGUUGAUGAGAAUUAUAGUCUCGCUGAUGGUGGGAGAGACAAGUUUGAUUUUGAUCCGCAGCUGGAACUUUCCUUGAGAAAUUUUUCUGGUAGCUCAUGUGAAAAAGAACCUGAGGAAAGGCAAACAUUGAACCAUUCAGAUGCAUCCGCCUUUUCUUGGUAUAGUGGUAAUAAGUUGCCCCAGCCCCUUUUUCCCGUUUUACCAAUGAGCUCUGCCAAAGCAUAUAGCACUGUUGCUUCUUAUCAGCAUGGUGGGACAAAUCAUGCUCAGGAGAACACAAUCCCACUGGUUCUUCAGCAGACUGGACAAGUUGGAGUGCAAUUGCCAAACCUCCAUCCUGCAUCCUCUCCUGCUACUGGUGUUACUUCUGAUCAUAUGUUCAGCGGAUAUGGGAAUGCUGUACCUUCUAUAUUCUACAGACAAUCCGGUGCUCAUCCCAUGUGGAGUCCCAAAUCAGUCGGCCGGAAAGAGAAUUCUCCCUUUCGUGCAACCACUUCAUUCCUGUCAAAUGCUGAAAGUCACAACUCAGAACAACAUUAUCAGUGGUCCGAUGCCAGCUGUGCUUCUCUUGAUAAAAAGCCAGGGUGUGAUAAAAGCUACUUGGAUCCUACAAUGCACGAUUAUCCAGGUACUUAUCAGAAUACCAGCAUUAGUUUAUGCCACGACACGCCAAACCGUGUUAAUGAUGGUUCAUAUGGAAGUAUAGGCAGUACGAGAGAUGGAGAUCAUACUUCAGCUGUGGUAAUCGAGAAAACCUCUGAAAGCUUUAGUGAUAACAGUUAUCAUGAUUAUGACGAAUACAGAGGAGCAGAUUCUCUGCGUCCCACCCAAAGGGAAGCUGCUCUAACAAAGUUUCGACUGAAGAGGAAAGACAGAUGCUACGAGAAAAAGGUCAGGUAUCAAAGCCGGAAAAGACUGGCUGAGCAGCGUCCUCGCAUAAAAGGGCAGUUUGUGCGUCAAGUGCAAAACGACUGUCCACUUGUUGAUUCUGGCGGUGGUUCCUGAUUCCCCCCCUCCCCCAACCCUCCAAGUCACCUGCUUUUGUACCCUCAUAGCCUUAUAGUCUGACUCUAACACUAAUCUGCGUCUGGACGGAAAAGCUGUAGUGUAGGAGCUUGCGUUUGUGGUAGGAUGAUAAUUUGAAGGCUCAAAAGCUAGAAUGUUUAACAUUCAUAGUGUUUUAGUAGUUUUAAUAGUUUUUUAGUAUUUCCUUUUGGUUGUGUUGACAAGCUUAGAAACUUAGGAUUGUAUUUGUUUAGUAGGAACGGAGUGUUGAGUUUUGCUUUUCCCUGCUGUAUAUGGUUGCCUUUGAUGAAUACCUAUAUAUAGAGUGCUGUGCUUAUGUAGAACGGUGGGAAGUUUCUGUAAUAAUAAGCCGAAGCGGACAAUAUUUGUAUAUA